CACAGAAUUGGAGAAUGCAUUGGAAGCAUCAGAGUACAGAAGCACGAGAUGAGCUGAAAAAGAUCACAAGAUAUCGUUUUCGUGUGUUUUCUGGACGCGAUGAGGUAACGCCGUCAUUCCCAUUCUCCCCUUUCUUCACAUCCGAGAGCACCCAAACUUCGCGUCGUCACCCUUCUGAUGGUGGGAGAUUAGGUUUCGAUCGCUGGUCGGCGGCCGACACCAUGAUCACGGUGGACACGCCGCGAAGGAGAUCGACCUCGGGUACUCUGCUUACUGCUUCACCUGGAUCGAGCCACGCCCUCGCUUCGGUAUCUUUUAUAGUCAGCUUUGGCAUGUUGGGAACUGAUGGUGCCAGUGUCACAUUGGAGUUUGGUUAUGUUGAGAGAAAGUUAUUAACAGUGAUCAAGUUUGUUCCUCUCAUUUUUUUGCAACUCACUUUGCAAAAGAUAAUUUCAUUUCCUGGUUGUUGAUAUUUAUCUAAGAUCACAACCGGUGAAAGGAAAAUGGGUUUGAGAGUGUCUGGGAUUUCAGAAAGGAAAGUGAAAUUUGAUUCAUCAAUGAGGCACAAGAUGAGAGGAAAAUCCUGCAACUGGAUUAGCAAUUUCAGUAGAAAGAUGUUCUAAGAAAAGCAUUUGAAGUUGGCAAAAAGGUUCUCCAAUGAGAAUGUUCUUUAUUUGCACAACAUUAUGCUUCUUGUCUUAUC